GCCCCUAGUUUCUUUGCUUGAAGAACAUAAGGACUUUUCUUUCGGCAUGUUGUGAAAUAUUUGGGAUGAAGAAAAGUGAACUUUUUGAAGCAUUCGAUUUGUUUGAUGUCAGAGACUUCGGAAAGGUGAUCGAAACACUUUCAAAACUUUCUCGCACUCCGAUUGCGUUAGGCACAGGAAUAAGGCCCUUCCCUACAGAAGAAAGUGUUGACGAUGAAGAUAUCUACAAAGGUCUUCCAGAUUUAAUAGAUGAAACUGGUGUUGAUGAAGAUGAGGAGUUGUAUGAUUGUGUCUAUGGCGAAGAUGAAGGUGGGGAGGUUUAUGAAGACCUCAUGAAAGAUGAAGCAGCACAGCAACCUAAACAUACUGAAAAUGACAUCAGAAGCUGUUGCCUUGCUGAAAUAAAGCAAACUGAAGAGAAAUACACUGAAACUCUGGAAUCAAUAGAAAAAUUUUUUAUGGUGCCACUGAAAAGGUUUCUGUCAGCAUCAGAGUUUGAUACUGUUUUCAUCAACAUUCCUGAUUUGGUGAAAAUUCACAGGAAUCUAACACAAGACAUCAAUGAUUCAAUCGUUAACAAAAACGAUCAGAACCUAUAUCAAAUUUUUAUUAACUACAAGGAAAGAUUGGUUAUUUAUGGACAGUACUGCAGUCAAGUGGAGAUAGCGAUAUCAUGCUUAGACAACAUCUCGAAGACAAAAGAAGAUGUUAAAUUGAAGUUAGAGGAAUGUUCCAAGAGGGCCAAUAACGGGAAGUUUACAUUGCGGGAUCUUUUGGUGGUUCCAAUGCAGAGAGUGCUAAAAUAUCACCUUCUGCUCCAGGAGCUGGUGAAGCACACUGCUGAUCCCAUGGAGAAGGCAAAUCUCAAACUGGCACUUGAUGCAAUGAAGGACUUGGCUCAGUAUGUAAAUGAAGUGAAGAGAGAUAAUGAAACACUCCGUGAAAUUAGACAGUUUCAACUAUCAAUAGAAAAUUUGAACCAUUCCCUCUUACAGUAUGGAAGACCUCAAGGUGAUGGGGAAAUAAGGAUAACUACGUUAGACAAACGUGCGAGGCAAGACAGGCAUAUCUUCCUGUUUGAUCUAGCUGUAAUUGUUUGCAAGCGGAGAGGUGAUAAUUAUGAAAUGAAGGAAAUAAUAGAUCUUCAGAAAUACAAAAUUACAAAUAACCCCACUACUGAUAAAGAAAAUAAAAAGUGGUCUUACGGCUUCUACCUCAUUCAUAUCCAAGGUCAAAAUGGUUUAGAAGUUUAUUGCAAAACGAAAGACUUGAAGAAAAAAUGGCUCGAACAAUUUCAGAUGGCUCU